AGUGUUCUGGUGGUUUGUAUCGUCACAGCAGGCCAAAGUAAAGGGUUAAAAGGCAAACUGGUGGCGCAUGCUCGGUUUCGCUCUCUACUAACAGACGGGGCUCAUCGGAGAUGCGAGUCCGAGCGAAUCGCCUAAUCCAAAGAUUUCCAACAGAGAACUGAAACAGCACCAUUUUCUGCCAUACAAACACAUCCGGCUAACUCCUUAACAAACUUGUUACACACGGAUAAAGUGUAACAAAAUGACCAGGUAGCUGAAACUGUGCGGAAUAUUUAAUUUUCUCCACGGGAACGUUAUGUGGAGAGGGCUUAUUGCCUUUGCUUGGAGGACAACGCCUGGAUAAGAAAGAGAGGACAACAUUUGACGUUACUUUGGGACGGCGGUUUGUUAGGGAUACUUUACAGACAUGGUGAAUGCAGUUUGCUGUCGUCUCGCUAAAGGCGCCUUUAUGUGGCUGAUGCUCCACGCGCUCAUCGACUGCAGUGGAGGCUCAGUAAGCCAGCAGACGUCUCAGCUCUCCUCGUAUGAGGUGACGGUACCGAGACGCAUCAGCAGACAGAGGAGAAACCAGGACAGUGCAGAUAAGGUGUCAUACAUAAUCCAAGCUCAAGGAAAAGAACAUGUCGUCAUCUUGGAGAGAAAUGAAUUGCUUCUUCCAGAGGAUUUCACUGUGUACUCUUAUGCCAAAGAUGGCUCGCUGGUCACCGAGAGACCAAACAUGAUGGGUCAUUGUCAUUACAGUGGUUACAUAGAGGAUGUGGAGGGCUCUUCUGCAGCACUCAGCCUGUGCUCUGGGUUAAGGGGUGUUAUCCACACGGAGGGCACCAGUUUCGGUAUUGAACCAUUGGAAGGUUCCUCCAGUGAUGAGCACUUGGUGUAUCGUUUGGAGGAUGUCAAGACAGAACCUCUCAGCUGUGGAACGCCUCACUUUCAUAACCAUGAUGAUGAAGCUUCACCAAGGCAACCUACAGACAGCCAUGUCCAUAACAUCACAUUUGUUCAAUCUGGCAGCCAUCUAAUCAGGAAAAAGAGAGCAGUGCUGCACCAGACACACUAUGUGGAACUGCUAAUGGUGGUGGAUAAUGAGAGAUUUAACUACAAAAAAAGGAAUCAAACAGCAGUACGUGAGGAGGUGGUUCAGAUAACUAACUAUGUUGAUAGUAUGUACAUUGCUCUGAAUAUCCGUAUUGUGUUGGUGGGAUUGGAGAUCUGGUCUGCGCAGAACUUCAUCAAUACUGACGGCAGUGCUGGAGAGGUGCUGGGCCGCUUUACUCAAUGGAGAGAGAAAGAGCUGGCUCACCGUCAUCGCCAUGACAGCGCACAGCUCAUCAUAAAUAAAGGAUUUGGUGGAACAGCAGGCAUGGCUUUUGUUGGCACGGUUUGUUCCAGAAGUCAUGGUGGUGGAAUUAAUUCGUUCACCAAUAAUAAUGUGCUGUCAUUCGCCUCCAUCGUGGCGCAUGAGCUGGGUCACAAUCUUGGGAUGAACCAUGAUGAUGGCCGAAACUGUAAAUGCGAUGUCACGCACUGCAUUAUGAACUCUGGGGCAACUGGUUCUCGUAACUUCAGCAGCUGUAGUGCUGAUGACUUUGAGAAGAUGAUCUUGAACUCAGGUGGCCGCUGUCUGCUGAACAUCCCGCGGCCGGACGAGGCGUACAGCGCCCCCUUCUGCGGGAACAAGCUGGUGGACGUGGGCGAAGAGUGUGACUGUGGGUCAGAGGAAGAGUGUGAGAAGGAUCCGUGCUGUGAGCCGAAGACGUGUAAGCUGAGGUCAGGUGCUCAGUGUGCGUAUGGGGUCUGCUGCAAGAACUGCAGGUUUUUGCCUGGUGGCACAGUGUGCAGAAGCAGCACGGAUGAAUGCGAUUUGCCGGAGUACUGUAACGGCUCAUCUGCCCUCUGUCAGAAUGACGUCUUCAAACAGGACGGCCAUCCCUGCAAACAAGGCCUGGCUUACUGUUACAAUGGCCAGUGCCAGCACUACGGCACCCAAUGUCAGGCCAUAUUUGGCACAAAGGCUAAAGCUGCUCCUGAGCUGUGUUUUAAGGAUGUCAACUCUAAAGGCGAUCGCUUUGGAAACUGUGGCUACCAUUCCAGCGGAUUCAAGAAGUGUGAGAGCAGAAACGCCAUGUGCGGGAAGCUGCAGUGCGAGAACGUUCAGUCCUCAGUCAUAUUUGGCAUCAAGCCGUCAAUCAUCCAGACCCCCAUCGCCGGCACUACCUGCUGGGGUGUGGACUUCCUCCUGGGCUCUGACGUGCCUGAUCCCGGCAUGGUCAAUGAGGGCACCAAGUGUGGAGAAAAUAAGGUGAUGGAGAAAAGUAACAUUGACCAACUUCUGCUGAAUUAUGACUGUGAUGUUGAAAAGAAAUGCCACGGCCAUGGGGUGUGUAACAGCAAUAAAAACUGCCACUGUGAAUACGGCUGGGCUCCUCCGUUCUGUGAGGCCUCUGGUUAUGGAGGAAGCGUCGACAGUGGCCCCACCUGGAAUGAUAAAGAUACUUCCACAAGGGAUGGUCUGCUUGUGUUCUUUUUCCUGAUUCUUCCUCUCUUGGCAUUGGGUUUGUUUGUGUUCUUCAAGAGGAACGAGCUGAGGCGACGCUUCUUCAGAAAGAAACGCUCUCAGGGCUACGAGUGA